AAGUAACGGAUUAACUAAAACAAAAUAAUUCUCUCUGUAUAUAUACGAUAUAAAAUAAACCCCCACCUUGAGAUCCUAUUAUUCUAACCCUCUUCAUCGUAUUGUCUUGUGUUUUAUCUGAAACAUCUUUGCUCAGUCGAUUAAACUAAACACCACUAUGAGUAAUCUCCCCGAAUCAUCCGACUCGAAGGGAGCGAAGAGGGACUUCAGUACAGCGAUUCUUGAGCGCAAGAAGGCGGCGAAUCGUUUGGUGGUUGAUGAGGCUGUUAAUGAUGAUAACUCGGUGGUUUCACUUCACCCCGAGACUAUGGAGAAGCUUCAGCUCUUUCGGGGCGAUACUAUUCUCAUAAAGGGUAAGAAGAGAAAAGAUACAAUCUGCAUUGCCCUAGCUGAUGAUACUUGUGAUGAACCAAAGAUUCGGAUGAACAAAGUUGUCAGAUCAAAUCUCAGGGUUAGACUUGGAGAUGUCGUUUCUGUGCACCAGUGUGCUGAUGUCAAGUAUGGGAAGCGUGUUCACAUUCUUCCUGUGGAUGAUACUAUUGAAGGGGUUACUGGAAACCUUUUUGAUGCCUAUCUCAAGCCCUAUUUCCUGGAAGCCUAUCGCCCUGUUAGGAAGGGUGAUCUAUUUCUUGUAAGGGGAGGCAUGCGAAGUGUGGAGUUCAAGGUUAUUGAGACAGAUCCUGCUGAGUACUGUGUUGUUGCCCCUGACACAGAAAUAUUCUGCGAGGGAGAACCUGUGAGAAGGGAGGACGAAGAUAGGUUGGAUGAGAUUGGAUAUGAUGAUGUUGGUGGCGUCCGUAAGCAAAUGGCUCAGAUUAGGGAGCUGGUGGAGCUCCCUUUAAGACACCCACAACUCUUCAAAUCUAUUGGAGUUAAACCACCAAAAGGAAUUUUGCUUUAUGGACCUCCUGGAUCUGGGAAAACUUUGAUAGCCCGAGCUGUUGCAAAUGAAACUGGUGCUUUCUUCUUUUGUAUUAAUGGGCCAGAAAUUAUGUCAAAGUUGGCUGGGGAGAGUGAGAGCAAUCUUAGGAAAGCAUUUGAAGAAGCUGAGAAGAAUGCACCAUCCAUUAUCUUCAUUGAUGAGAUUGAUUCAAUUGCUCCCAAGCGAGAGAAGACCCAUGGAGAAGUUGAGAGGAGGAUAGUUUCCCAACUUUUGACACUUAUGGAUGGACUUAAAUCUCGUGCCCAUGUCAUUGUUAUGGGUGCUACAAAUCGUCCCAACAGUAUUGACCCUGCUCUGAGAAGGUUUGGGAGAUUUGACAGAGAAAUAGAUAUUGGUGUACCUGAUGAAGUAGGACGGCUAGAGGUUCUCCGCAUACAUACAAAGAACAUGAAGCUCGCUGAAGAUGUUGAUUUGGAAAGAAUCUCAAAAGAUACUCAUGGUUAUGUUGGUGCUGAUUUAGCUGCUCUGUGUACUGAGGCUGCACUUCAAUGCAUCAGGGAGAAGAUGGAUGUUAUCGAUUUAGAAGAUGACACAAUAGAUGCGGAGAUACUGAACUCGAUGGCUGUUACUAAUGAGCACUUCCACACUGCUCUUGGAACUAGCAAUCCCUCUGCUCUUCGUGAAACAGUUGUCGAAGUGCCUAAUGUCAGUUGGGAAGAUAUUGGAGGCUUGGAGAAUGUUAAGAGAGAACUUCAAGAGACUGUCCAAUAUCCUGUGGAGCAUCCGGAGAAAUUUGAGAAGUUUGGCAUGUCGCCUUCAAAGGGAGUCCUUUUCUACGGACCACCUGGAUGUGGAAAAACUCUACUGGCCAAGGCAAUUGCUAAUGAAUGCCAAGCUAAUUUUAUCAGUAUAAAAGGACCUGAGUUGCUUACCAUGUGGUUUGGAGAGAGUGAGGCGAAUGUACGAGAAAUAUUUGACAAGGCUCGUGGAUCUGCUCCUUGUGUCUUGUUCUUUGAUGAACUGGAUUCAAUUGCCACUCAGAGGGGAAGCAGUGUUGGAGAUGCUGGUGGAGCCGCUGAUAGGGUUUUGAAUCAACUCUUAACCGAAAUGGAUGGCAUGUCAGCUAAGAAGACUGUUUUCAUUAUUGGGGCUACCAAUAGGCCUGAUAUUAUUGAUCCUGCACUAUUGAGACCUGGGCGUCUUGACCAGCUAAUUUACAUUCCCCUCCCUGAUGAGUCGUCCCGCCAUUCAAUAUUCAAGUCAUGCCUUAGGAAGUCACCUGUUUCUAAAGAUGUCGAUUUGAUGGCACUUGCCAAGUACACUCAAGGAUUUAGUGGUGCUGAUAUAACUGAAAUAUGCCAAAGGGCUUGCAAGUAUGCCAUCAGGGAAAAUAUCGAGAAAGACAUUGAGAAGGAGAAGAGGAGAAGCGAGAAUCCCGAGGCGAUGGAGGAGGAUGAUGUCGAAGAUGAAGUGGCUGAGAUCAAGGCGGCUCACUUUGAAGAAUCAAUGAAGUAUGCUCGACGGAGUGUCAGUGAUGCUGAUAUUCGGAAGUACCAGGCAUUCGCCCAGACAUUGCAGCAGUCUAGAGGGUUCGGCUCUGAGUUCCGAUUUUCAGAAACUAGUGGCACUGCGGCAGCUGGCUCUGACCCAUUUGCCGCUCCUGCCGGCGUGGCUGAUGAAGAUGACCUGUAUAGUUAGGUCAUCUCUGAGUGUGUCCGUUGUUGGCUCAGAAAGUUACUUUAUAUACUCUCUUUUUACUUUGUUCUGUAUGUUGCUCUUUCCAUGCAAGAUGGAAAUGAAAAUUUCCAUGGAUAAUUUAAUCGCCUUUUCUGUAUGGAAUUGCUAUGUUUCAUGGAUAAGUUAUUUAGCAGACAGAACCUCUUGCUGAGACAAUUUAUGCAGCUCCAUGGAUUGUUAAUGUGAGAUGUUUAUACAAGCAGUUCUUUAAA